UGUUUGCUUUGGAAAACGCAUACAGAAGAAGUUGAGAACAAGGCAAUUUUCUCUCUGUGAAACUUCGGAUUAAUGGAAAACCAAGUUGCCGUCGAUCUCGUUGAGUUCUUGAAUGCUUCGCCAACAGCUUUUCAUGCAGUGGAUGAGGCGAAGAAGAGACUGAGAAGUGCAGGUUAUGAGCAAGUCUCAGAGAGGGAGGACUGGAAACUAGAGGCUGGCAAGAAAUAUUUCUUCACCAGAAAUCACUCUACUAUUGUUGCUUUUGGUAUUGGUAAAAAAUAUGUUGCUGGAAAUGGGAUUUACAUAGUUGGUGCUCAUACUGACAGCCCCUGCUUAAAAUUGAAGCCGGUUACUAAGGUAUCAAAAGGUGGGUAUUUGGAAGUUGGUGUGCAAACAUAUGGAGGUGGCCUGUGGCAUACAUGGUUCGAUCGGGACUUGGCUAUUGCUGGAAGAGUAAUAAUUAGAGAGCAUAAAGAUGGUUCUGAGUCCUACUCUCACCGUCUUGUCAGAAUUGAGGAACCCAUUAUGCGUAUCCCAACUCUAGCAAUCCAUUUGGAUAGGGAUGUAAAUGAUGGAUUCAAGGUUAACAAACAGACUCACCUUGCUCCAGUGUUGGCUACAUCGGUUAAGGCUGAGCUGAAUAAACCAGCUUCUAAGAAUGGUUCUGCUGAAACUGCGUCAAGUGAUGACAAGAAGCUUGAUGAAAAGACAAGUUCGAGGCAAAAGCACCAUUCCCUUCUUUUGCAGCUGAUUGCUGCUCAGGCUGGGUGCAAACCAGAUGACAUAUGUGAUUUUGAGUUGCAAGCAUGUGAUACUCAAAAAAGUGUUAUUGCUGGUGCCUUGAAGGAAUUUGUUUUCUCUGGAAGACUGGACAAUCUUUGCAUGUCAUUUUGUUCUCUAAAGGCACUGAUAGAUUCGACUUCUGCUGACAGCAGUCUCCAGGAAGAGACCGGCGUAAGAAUGGUUGCCUUAUUCGAUCAUGAGGAGGUUGGAUCUGAUUCAGCACAAGGAGCUGGAUCUCCUGUCAUGUUGGAUGCUUUAUCACGAAUUACCAAUUCCUUCAGCUCAGAUACUAAGUUGCUGCCAAUAGCGAUCCAGAGAAGUUUCCUAGUAUCAGCUGACAUGGCUCAUGCUUUGCAUCCCAACUAUAUGGACAAACAUGAAGAAAACCAUCAGCCGAAGAUGCACAGUGGGCUCGUCAUCAAACAUAAUGCAAACCAGAGAUAUGCUACCAAUGCUGUAACUUCCUUCUUGUUCAGGGAGAUAGCAGCCAAGCACAAACUUCCCGUACAGGACUUUGUGAUUCGCAAUGACAUGCUGUGUGGUUCAACCAUCGGUCCAAUCCUAGCAAGUGGUGUAGGCAUACGCACGGUUGAUGUCGGAGCCCCACAACUGUCAAUGCAUAGCAUACGGGAAAUGUGUGCAGUUGACGACGUGAAGCAUUCUUACCAACACUUCAAGGCCUUCUUCCAAGAGUUCUCACAUCUUGAUGCAAAACUGGCCGUCGACAUAUAGUUCAAUAGGAUUGGUGAUGGUUGGUGCUCCUUGCGACAUAUUUGAGUUUCUUAAUUUCAUGAACUGCAGUUGUUUCUGAACUUAGGUGGUUACUCCAUCUUAUUUACAACGACUUCUACUUUAUUUACCAAUUUGUUAACCAUUUAUAUCGUUUUCGAGAAGUUGUAAUCAAGCAGGACGAUGUGACGACCUUUACCUUAUUAUUCAAAAAACUAGAAAAGAGACCCCACAAGAGUU